UAGAGGCCUCAGCGGAAGUGGCGCCGGCAAGGGUGGAAGUGGUGUGACCGGCGUGGGAUCCGGGGUUCUGCCCCGGCCGGGCUGCUGCUGCUGUCGCUGGGCCGCUGCCAUGGAACUCAGCGCCGAGUACCUCCGGGAGAAGCUGCAGCGGGACCUGGAGGCGGAGCACGUGGAAGUGGAGGACACGACUCCGAACCGUUGUGCGUCCAGCUUCCGAGUCCUGGUGGUGUCGGCCAAGUUCGAGGGGAAGCCGCUGCUCCAGAGACACCGGCUGGUGAACGCGUGUCUAACAGAAGAGCUCCCGCACAUCCACGCCUUUGAGCAGAAAACCCUGACCCCAGAGCAGUGGGCCCGUGAACGUCAGAAAUAAGGGACGAGGACCUGCACAGCCAUUAAAUUAUGAA